CCGGCGAUGACCUAAAGAUGGUCCUUUGAGAGCGGUGGCAGCUGGGGACGCUGGGGAAAGGACAAUAGUCACGCUAUUGGUCUGCUGUGGGCUGUGUUCGCACUACUUUGUGUUUUCGAUUGGGCGUGACACACUGUGUGAGCCUGAAGUCUGCCGCUGUGCAAACCUGGCGCAGCCACCAUGCCCGAGACGAUCACUAUCGACUCGGACGAUGACAGCGCCAGCUUGCCUUCCCAAACGACGCAGGCAGCCGAUGCAGGGCGACGCACUUCCCACCUGCGGUCCUCUCCCCUUCAUUCGAACUAUCCAUACCAGACUCGGGAGCAAGAUGAUACAGAGCGCAGUGCUCUUACCACGCUACGAGUCAAUGCUCAAGCGAGGAAUGACGAUGUAGCUCUUAGGCGGCCUGGCUUGAAUUCCAUUCUUCCGCGCCCAGUGCGAUCCAAAAGCGGCCGUAGCUUGCUUUCCGCUCUUGAUGCUGCUGCAUCUAGCGAUAACGAUGGAAUCACUCGAUUGCGAGAGGCGGAAAGCAGCAGGGGUAAAAUGAAUGGGAAGAGCAAAGCCAAGGGGAGCGUGCAUCUCGAUCUCGACGAGUCUGCAGAAGAAGACAACAUUUUAGGAAUAGGACCAUCAUCCCGCACAGCUUUCUCGCUCACAGGAAAGGAAUCACAACGCUCAGCACUGCGAUCGUCCGACUUAUCCUCCGACCUGCCUUCUUCCCCUGUUAUCGCUCGCACGAUCAGUGCGCCGACAGCGCCUACCGCGCGAAAGGGCAAGUCAGCCACCGGUCGCGCUGCUGCUUCCAAACGACCCGGGGUGUUGUCCCACAGCGAUACUUCGGACGAUGACAACCUGCAAGGCAUGCGCGACAAUGUACUUGGCAAGAGGCCCACGGGCGGAGCAGGACGUUUGACUAAAAGAUCGAAGACGAUCGGUGAUCUACCUUCAGGCCCUUCGGAAACGAGCUUGGGAAAGCAAAGACAAAAGGAGACAGUGUUCGGCAGGAAAGAGAUAGAGCGCAUGGCCAAGGAGCGCGAAAAUCAGGAAAAGAAGGCCGAACGUGAACGGCAUUUGGAAGAAAAGAGACAGUGGCAAGAAGCGAAUAAGCUUCGCACGUCCAAAUCUGAAACUACCAAAGAGCUAAUCAUUGAGAUGGACUCGGGGCUCUUCACAGCCGGCAGCGGCCCACUCGCAUCGCUAAAGCAGCAGCUACUUGGCGAGCUGGAAAAGGACGGUGCGACGACGCACGUGAAGGACCGCGUCUAUGACAGCAUAGCAACAGCCAUAGAUGCACAAGAGCAGCUUGAAGGUCUCCACGCUAUUCGCAUUCUCCGCAAGCGUACCGCACGCAUCGAUCCAGUCCGGCGAAGCUUUGUUCCCCUACCCAAGGGCACCGUCGAGAUUGAAGACGAGAAGACGGCCAUCGUCUGUUUGACGUGCCACAAGCUGCUGAGCCUCGUCGAGGACGGGAAUCUGAUCAGCACGCUGCGUUCGUUCCGGCAGGGCUUAGGGCUGCUUUUCCACCAGGUUGUGAUCCUCGUUCAGGGCCUCGGCGUACAUUUCCGCAAAAUGCGCAACAAGAGCAAUCGCGAGUACACUGCCGCUGUCCGGCAGCAGGUGCACCAGGCUGCGACGUUAGGAGCGGCCACAGGUGAUGAUACGGCGACCGCUAGUGCAUCGCGAAGGAGAAAGGGCCGCACUGUGGAGGAGUUUACAGUCACGCGAGAGCAGUUGGACCGCGAGCUCAUGAAGCUACGAGUUGCUGAGAGGUGCUUCGUGGUGCAGGUGGAAAAAUCGGGAGAGGUGGUGCAGUGGAUCGUCAGCAUAAUUCAGGAUGUCGGAAUUCGGCCCUACAAAUUGAUCCGCAAUUCGCAUCUCUCCUUUGCGGUGGACACCAAAGUCGCGGCGGGUUUGACGGAUGAAGCGACAUUUAGCGCAAUGUUGCAGCAAAUCCCACGCAUGACGGAACCACAAGCAGACAGCAUCGUUUACACGUUUGCGACCAUGCGCAACUUGAUGGACAGCAUCCAUUCCAAGGGGACCGCAUCAUCGUCGGCAACAGGGGGCCCAAUGAACGCCGCCAUACAGGAGAUUGCAGACUGCACAGUGUCAACGACCAAAGAUGGCAAGCUGAGACAGAAGGGAGUCAGAGUUGGAGAUGCGCUGGCCAAGCGUUUAGUCAUGGCGCUGUCUUCGACAGACCCUUUGACGCUCAUGAGUUGAAACCUGUUCAGGUCUCUUGCCUCUGUGCACGCGUUCCGAGCUUUGUAUUCUUUUGCUGAUGAAGAAAUGAAGACAUGUAUGCG